AUGGGUCGAAGUAAAGGGCAAAAUCGUCGAUUUCCAUUGAACAAAUAUCUUCAGAUUAAAAGAAAUCAAGACAUUCAACUUACUUCCGCCCUUGCGAAAGACAAAAAUUACGUUGCAAAGGCAAAGAAGCUGAAGCGACUCCAGUCAAAGGCAAUGAUUAUUGACGAGUCGUUUGAAAGGUUCAACGGGGAUGUGGAAUUAAGAGCUAAGGGUAAAAAUGGAGAAUACAGUGGUCGCUUAAUAAAUAGCAGGAAGCAAUCUCCAACCUCUUUGACUGAAGUUGGCAGAAUUUCUGGCCCUGAGCCCAGUUCUAGAAGGAGGUGCCAGGAGACUAUAAAGGUUGCCCAAACUCUCCAUGGAGCAACUCCCGACAACAUGCUUCCUGCCUAUGAAGGCAUCAUUGCUGCCCUCAAUACAAAUUGUUCAGUUCCAGAAUUAACCAAUAUGUUUAGGAAAUGCCCCAAGUUUUCUGAAAAGGUUAUCCCAAGGGUUGUGAAAGAUAAGAUAAAAGUCUUUGAGAAGAGUGAUGCCAACUUUGUAAGAAGUGUUAAUGUUCUGUACAGGGGGGGAAUUGCAAGUAAACAAAAAUACAUUUCAACCAGGUCAUCCCUCUCAAUGUGUGAGAAUGAAACUGGCAAGGGGAGAAAGCAUAUAGAGUUUAUGAAGAGGAUUCCAGUUCCUAGAUUGCUUACCUAUCAGAAAUUAAUGGAGAGGGUCAAACAAAUUGAUAUUGGUGAAUUACACGAUGUGCGAGAAAUUCUGUGUCAUGGGCUUGGUGAAGAAGACAAGGUAGAUGGAAAGUUUAGAAACCUUCUUCAACUUUUGCUAAGAAUGGCUAGUUUUUACCUCAAUGCAAACAAAAACAGAGUAGAUAAGCUAUGCUGGUUUGGGGAGGGUGUAGGCUCAUUCAAAGUUGCUAUUGGGGGGGAUGGAGCCCCAUUUGGUAAGGAUGAUCAAGCUGUAGCUUGGCUUGUGAGUUUUCUUAAUUGUAGGAAGCGUGUUUGUAGCCCUGCAGAAAAUUUUUUGUUGUUUGGGGCAAAUUGCUCUGAGGACUGUGAACCUGUUCGUAGAUAUGUAAUUCUGUUGACAGAGGAAAUGACGGCCAUUGAGGGGACUUCAUACCCUUUAGAAGUAGAUGGUAAACAGGUUAGUGUUUCCUUUCAGUUUGAACUAUUUCCCAAUGAUAUGAAAUACUUAGCAUUUCUUGGGGGUGAACUUACCAUCUCUGCAUCUUAUUUUUCUCCCUUUGCAGAUGUCUGUAAGAGUGAAAUUAACUGUCUCAAAGGAACAUUUGGUCUGACAUCUGACAAGAAAUGGAAACCUUGGAAAUACAGUGAUUGGUUGAAAGUAGCUGAUGCAGUGGCAAAAAAUAAAGAGCAAUUAGUUAAUUCAGCAUUAAGGCCAAGCACAAAACGAGAUAAGAUCACUUCUCUCAUUUCCCAGAAAAAAUCCAGGCAAGAAUUCCCCCCUCUUGUUGGUAAGUUCAUUGACAAAGCUAAAGUAGAGCCACUCCACCUGAAAAAUAAUGCAUGGCAACACUGGAAUUUAUCUGUGUUGAAGUAUGCACUGUCACGUAGUAACCUUGGCAGUUGUCAGUCAAUUCUUGAUGUUCCUACCGACAGUUGUUUUGGUAAGUAUUAUCAUAGUAUACGAUUUGUAGUGAAAGCAACAAGGUUGGCCAAAAAGGUGAGAAAAUGGUUUGCUGAUGGAAGAGAUAAAAACAAAGAUCUGGACUAUAGAUUUACAGGUAAGGAGUCUCGCCUCUUUUGUCAUUAUUUUAUGUCCAUUAUUCAAAAUCUUAGGACUGACUCAGACCAUCAGAGUCGUACAUUUCAAUUGCAUGUGUUUGCCUUCACAGCAAUAAAUCUCAGAGAUGCAGUUUCCCUUUUUAGCAGGGUUUCUCUCUCAAAUGAACAGGUUCAGAGUCUUCAGCAAGUUUGCUCUAACUACUUCAGAGCUACAGCACUCUUUCUGAUAAGUAAGCCAACCACCUGGACAAUUGGUCAUGUUGUUCCCCUUCAUGCCAAACUAAUUCACCAAAAGCUGGGGAUGGGCCUUGGCAUUAAUACCAUGGAGGGAAGGGAGGCCAAACAUGUUACCUUGGCUAAAUUUACUCAUAACACCCAGUUUAGUAACAGGUGGACUCAAGUUUUCAGACAUGAGUAUGUCUCACAGUUUUGGUUACGGGAGAAUGGGUGUGAUGAAACUGUGCAUAAGGACACAGUGGGGUUGUAUGUACCUAAAAGGUGUAGCACACCACAAUUUUGCUAUUGUGGGGAACCCAAACAGGUUGCUGAGCAGCAAUGCAUGUUCUGUUGUGACCCACUUAGGGACAUAAUUUCUAAAUGUGUAGUGGAAGGGAAAAUAACAAAUGCAGCAAAAGGAGUGUUAGAUCAUUAAAUUAAGAUU